UACAUAACACGCCAAACUUUGUCCCCACCAUUCCCACUUCCAUGCACAACGGCCGGGGGAACCCACCUUAACACCUUUGCCAAUUGCCCCUCUCUCACACUAUUAUAGUCUAUAUCUUCACAGUGGUGCACUUUCGCCCAUUUUCACUUGUUUUCUACGUCAAAAUAUCAAUUUUUUUCAUUCCACCUUUUUCUAUUAUCUAAAUAACCAUGAACACUUCAGUGCGUAGUAUGACUAUUCUGUUUUCUUAAAUAUUUAUAAUCAAAAUAAUAUUUGUUCGACAACUUUUUUUAAGUUUAAAAUGAUCAGAACCAAAAUAGGACUAAGAUAUCCACUUAAUGACAAGAGGUAGGCUACAAUAUAUCAUUUCUAAGAUCAUGAGUUCGUAACAAUUAAGAUAACAACUUUAUUAUUACAUAUGACUAUUCCGCACGAAUCAACUAUUCAACAGUAGUGACAAAAGUAAAAAAUAUAAUAAUUACACCAUUUUUCGUAUAAUUAAUUCUUCAAAGUUUUUUUUUUAAAUUUAAAAUAAUGUGAUGAAAAUAUGUUAUGAGUAAAUUAAGCUAAAGUUAUAAGACUUGAGUCUAGCCUAUUUCAUAAAUCAAAGCCCGAGACUAAUUUAUUUUCUUGAUACAAGUUUUUAUAAGCUCGAUCUUGAUAAAGCCUAAUUUAGCUAAAAUGUCUAUUUAAAAAUAUUCUAUAACAAAACUUAUUAAUGAGGUUAUAAACAUGAUCUUGAAUAGAUUAAUGAACUUGUAUUUAUAUAUAGAUUAAGAUUUGUAAAUUAAUUAACAAAUAUUCAAUACUAAAUUGAUCCAUUAUAUUUAAAAUAUUUUAAAACGAGUUUAAGCCUAAUUUUUAAAUUAAAAUAAAUCUUUAAAAAUGUCUAACUUAUUUAAUUAAUAAAUAAAUCUCAUUUAAUUUAAGCCUGAUAUAAACGAUGUCAUAAAGCACCAAAAUUUUGUUAAUCAAUAAUCAUGCGUAAACAAUCGCAAAGUCAAAACAUUUGUCGUAUUUAAACAUAACAGAUCGAUCUCUUCCUAAAAUAGACAUAUACAAAACAAUUUCUCACUUGUCAUUUUACUUUCAUAACCAAACGCACCGACUGAGUCAAUCAGUGAUACAAGGAUUUGAUAUUUGAACUACGUUUUGAAAAGAUUACAGUUUGAGGAACAAUAAUUAAAGAAAAGUAUAGUAAUUAAUUCAGAACAAAAACGAGGAUGAAAAAAUAAAAAGUUUGAUCGAAUAUAUUGCAUGUUUUAUAUUAAAAAUAAUUGGCGCCAGCUAGUCUUUAAUUGCUUUACUUUUUUAAAACUCGGCCCCGGUAAACUAGUGGCUUAAAGUUGUGGUUAGAUCCUUUUUGGGCACCGCACCAACCGUAGUGACAUCACGGUGUAAUAUACUAACUUUAUCCAAUUUUAUCGUCAAAAUUAUAUUUGUUGCUUAGUUCUUAAAAUGUGGUUCUGUAAGAAAAAAAUAUGUUUUUUUGUAAAGUGACAUGCUCAGACUCAGACCCCAAAUGCAAAGCAUCGUAUUAUCAAUUUCGUUAUUUCAGUAAUAAGGAAUGCUGAUUCUAUGUUAAGUUGAAACCUUUAUUCCUGGCAUUUUCAUAUAACUUAGCUUGCAGUGUUGGAGUACUGCUGCAGUACGUACCUAAUUGGCUAAGUUGCAAAAAAACUUUAAUAUGUAAAGUUUUAUUGUCGUCAAAUAGGAAAAAGCAGUGCCAGAUUUAGGGGAGGGGGGAAAUGAUAUGUUUUAUGAAUGUGGACAUCUUCUUAACUUUUUGUCUAUUAUAUUACAAUUUAUUAGCAUAAGACUGAAAACUGCUUUAUAUUAUUUCAUCUAUUUUUGGCUUCCCUGAGGGAAUUUUUUUUUUAAUAACCUUGGAUGUAUGCUUUAUGUCAAUGAAAAAUUAAAAUUGGACUUAACUUGGAUGAGUUAUGGCCAGUCCUCCACAUUAUAUGUAUUGAAAAACAUGGAAACAUUUAUAGAAAAUUGAGAGGGAAGAAAACCGAUGGAAACUUCUCUAUUCCAAGGAAUAAAGAGAGAUUGGCGUUUGUAAUGUGUUCAAGUGCAUCUGAGAUUUGCCAGCCUACCUGUUAAAUGAGCCAAGCCACCAUUUAACCUUUUUUCUAUUUUAUAUUCUCACGUAGAUGCCAUAGACUUUGAUAUAAUUGCAUACUCAAUAAAUAUCAAAACUACUUUGUACUUUAUUAUGAAUACUCUUAUGUUAUUGAAUAAUUUCUUUAUAAUUUUUCCUCAUGUAAACCAUCCGAAGCUUAAUAAUUAUAAUUAUAUUAUUUACUAAUAACCAUAUUUUAAUCUUUUUUCUAUUAAUUUAAAUUUAUGAAUGAAAUUUAAUAAUUUUAAAAUAAAACAAACACAUUUUUAUAAUUCUUAAUAAACUUUUACUACUACUAAUAAAAAAAUGUGGUAUUCAUAUUUCUCACAACUUAAUACAACACAAACUAAUGUGAUUUUUUAAGUAAAAAUUAAUAGCAAAUAGCAAAAUCCAAUCAAUAAUUAAUACUCUGAAUAUGUCAAUCUGUCUCCGUGGACCGUGGUUAAGUUUAAAUUGGUUGAUUAUCAAUCGAAUAGAAUGAUAAUUAAUUUUGCCACAAAUGUAAUAUACGGUGUCGUCUUGCAUGCAUGGGAGCCACUAUCCCUUCUGAUGAACAAAUUAUCAGAACAACGCGUCAAAAAGAAGCUUAUAGGUUAAGAUACUUCGUCCACUUAAAACCCUAAAAAUAUAAUAAAACAAAAAGAGAUGAGAAUGAGAGAAUAAGCGCAAAGCAAACAAAAUAAAGCCUCUUCUUGCUUUCCUCUCUUCCCUCCCUCCUCCUCUUUUUUCCUUUACUUUCCUGCCUCUGGUAUUCCCCCUAGUGCGAUUCUCCACCAUCUCCCUAAAGAGCCAUCAAACUUUAUAAAAGAAAAAAAAAAAAAAGACAAAAAAGGAUUGAAGCACCAUGGUUUUCUCUUCUAUUCCAAUCUAUUUAGAUCCUCCCAAUUGGCAGCAACAACCAGAUCAACAUCAAGCAAAUGGAAGCAACAACAGUCCUCAGCUGCUUCCACCGCUUCCCCAACAGCCACAGGUUCCUCAUGUGGGGGUUGAUGCAGGCCCAAUCAGGCCCGGAUCGAUAGUGGAUCGGGCCAAGAUACAGCCGCAGGAGGGAGUUCUGAAGUGUCCUCGUUGUGAAUCGACCAACACAAAGUUUUGCUACUUCAACAAUUAUAGCCUCUCUCAGCCACGGCACUUUUGCAAGACAUGUAGGCGUUAUUGGACAAGAGGAGGGGCUCUUAGGAAUGUUCCUGUUGGUGGAGGAUGCCGCAGGAACAAGAAGAACAAAAGGAGUCGUUCUAAAUCUCCCGUUUCUACUGAGAAACCGUCCCUUUCCAAUACCGCAAGUGCAAUCCCUGAGAUAAUUGGAAGGUUCCCACAACCUUUCAUGACUUCUCUUCAGAACAUGAGCCGCUAUGGUGUAGGGAACACAGGCAUGAGCUUGCGUGAGAUUCAAGCACAGUCUGGUACUCAUAUGGGGUUUCAAAUUGGUGGUCAUAGUACAAGUGCUACUAUAGGAGGAGGAGGGAUGGAUCAGUGGCGGUUUCAGCAAUUUCCUUUCUUGAAUGCUUUUGAGUCAGCUUCAGCUGUUUCCUACCCAUUUCAAAGUGAAAGUGUUGAAAGUUUGGUUGGAGAUAUUGCUGCAACUUCUAGGGUUACUCAGCUUCCAACACCGGUUAAAUUGGAAUAUAACGGAGGUUUAAAUUUGUCAAGAUCUCCACUCUGUGUUUCAGAGAAUAACAACCAUUACUAUUCAUGGACCGAUUUAUCUGGUCUUGCAUCAUCUUCAGCUAGUCAUCUCUUGUAACUUUGACCAUUCGUACGGUCAAAAUUCGCAUCAUCGAUCCGUUGUAACUCUGCUGCGAUUAUCAUUUUUCAACAGCAUGGCACCAUGCAUCUUUGAUGUAUAAGAGAAAUUUUCAAAUGAAUUGGGUGUUCCACACUGAACACCUUGAUCACUCCACUGUCUUCACGUGGCGAAAGUGCUUGGUGUUAACAGAAAUUACAUCAGGCUGGUAGAAUUUAGUCUUCUUCAA